GAAUUGACGCCUGGAGGUGUAAACUCCCCUGUACGUGCUUUCAAAUCAGUUGGUGGGCAGCCCAUUAUAAUGGAUUCUGUCAAGGGAUGUCGCAUGCGGGACAUAGAUGGUAAUGAGUACAUUGACUAUGUUGGUUCAUGGGGUCCAGCAAUAAUCGGUCAUGCAGAUGAUGAGGUUCUAUUCCUUGUCCAUGUUUUUACUAUAUUUAAGCUUGUAAUAUCCAUGAAUGUUGUGCAUCUAUGGCCAAUCAUGAUACUCAAAGUUCGAGCAUUUGACAACAGUAAACAUGUUUGA